AUGUCUGCGAGUAGCAACAGACCGCUGAGCAAGGCGAUCGACCCUUCAAAGCUCCUAAAUGGCUUGUACACGGACGAUGAUGUCCUCAUCUCCGACCUAACAUCGCGGUCACGUGCCAACUGGGCGAAGGAUCUUCUUUCAGUCGCGAGCUCUCGAGUUCUCGCGCGUAUAUCGCAGAGGAUGACCAUCACAACAGCUUGGGCAGCAUACGUCACAGCUCUCAUCACCUGGGGAGAUUACCUCGCUCCUCCUUCCUGGGGGAGUUUCACCCAAUUCACCGUUCCUGGCUGGCCCCAUGAGCUUGUGGGGGCCUUUCUCUCCAUCCUCCUUGUCUUCAGGACUGAUCAGGCGUAUGACCGCUUCUGGGAGGGCAGGAAGCAAUGGUCUUCACUGAACAGUCAAUGUCGGAGCAUUUCGAGACUAGUGCUGUCGAACCUGCCUAUUGGAAUGGCCCAGGAGUUCUUGUCGCUGGUUGCUCUGUUUCCUGUUGCCUUGAAGCAACAUCUUCGAGGUGAUAGGAACGAGAGAGAGCUGGCGGCUGUCUUCCACCUGUUCCAACCCAAGAAUGUGAAAACCCUGGAGAUUGUGUUGGAGUCAAAGAACAUGCCCAUGACUGUUGUAUGGUGUAUGUCUCAGCUAUCAGCACCACUAAGAAAGAACAGAGCCUCGCGGAUCUUCAACUACGAGGUGUUGUGGGAGGAGAUGGAAGAGAAGCUGUCGGAGCUUGCGGACAUUGUCAGCCAAUGCGAGAAGAUAAAGUGUACGCCACUGCCUCUCAGUUACUCCCGGCACACCAGUCGCUUCUUCUCUUUGUUCUUGUUCUCGUUGCCGCUGGCCCUAGUGAAGGAAACGUCUCCGCUUCUAGUGCCAACUAUCGUCCUCACCACGAGUUGGGUCUUGUUCGCCACAGAAGAGAUUGGCCACAUCAUCGAAGAGCCUUUCGGCACCAUCGACAGCAAGUCGGCUGGUCGUCGUACCCAAAGGCAAUCUAGCAUCAUGGUAGAUCUCGAGAUGUGGCGACUCGUGCUGAAUUGA